GUGGUGGUCAAUGUUAUUUGAGCAGGGUCAGCAGGCCCCGGAGCUUCCUGAGUACACGAUGCAGAAGGCUGCUUACUAUGAAAGUCCAGGACUCUUCGGAGGCUAUGGCUACAGCAAAGCUGCUGACACUUAUGGCUAUAGUGCCCCGCAUCAGCCUUAUCCACCCCCUGCUGCUGCCAACUCCCUGGACACUGAUUACCCGGGCUCUGCCUGCUCCAUCCAGAGCUCUGCACCUCUGCCAGCCCCAGCUCACAAGGGGGCUGAACUCAAUGGAAGCUGCAUGAGGCCUGGCACUGGGAACAGUCAGGGAGGGGGAGGUGGCAGCCAGCCUCCUGGUCUGAACUCAGAGCAGCAGCCACCACCACCCCCUCCUCCACCACCAGCCCUGCCCCCAUCCUCGCCCACCAACCCUGGAGGUGGAGUACCUGCCAAGAAGGCCAAGGGUGGGCCCACUGCUUCUGGGUCCUCAGCCACCAUCAGCAAGCAGAUCUUUCCCUGGAUGAAAGAGUCCCGACAGAACUCCAAGCAGAAGAACAGCUGUGCCACUGCAGGAGAGAGCUGCGAGGACAAGAGCCCACCGGGCCCAGCGUCCAAGCGGGUGCGCACGGCGUACACAAGUGCACAGCUGGUGGAGCUGGAGAAGGAAUUCCACUUCAACCGCUACUUGUGCCGGCCACGCCGCGUGGAGAUGGCCAAUCUGCUGAACCUCACCGAGCGGCAGAUCAAGAUCUGGUUCCAGAACCGGCGCAUGAAGUACAAGAAGGACCAGAAGGCCAAGGGUAUCCUGCACUCGCCGGCCGGUCAGUCUCCGGAGCGCAGCCCGCCGCUCGGCGGCACCGCGGGCCACGUGGCCUACUCGGGCCAGCUGCCACCCGUGCCCGGCUUGGCCUACGACGCGCCUUCGCCGCCCUCCUUCGCCAAAUCUCAGCCCAACAUGUACGGCCUGGCUGCCUACACGGCGCCGCUCAGCAGCUGCCUGCCUCAGCAGAAGCGCUACGCGGCGCCCGAAUUCGAGCCCCACCCCAUGGCGAGCAACGGCGGCGGCUUCGCCAGCGCCAACCUGCAGGGCAGCCCGGUGUACGUGGGCGGCAACUUCGUCGACUCCAUGGCGCCCGCAUCCGGGCCCGUCUUCAACCUGGGCCACCUCUCGCACCCAUCUUCAGCCAGCGUGGACUACAGUUGCGCCGCGCAGAUUCCCGGCAAUCACCACCACGGACCGUGUGACCCUCAUCCCACCUACACAGAUCUCUCGGCCCACCACUCGUCUCAGGGACGCCUGCCCGAGGCCCCCAAACUGACGCAUCUGUAGCGGCGGCCACCAGCCCGAACUCGUGGCACGAUUACCUCUUUUGCUGGGGUGGCUGGGGUGGCGGGCGGGGCCCGCGGGGCAGCUCGGUGACCCCCUCCCUCGCUCUGGCCCGGUCACUGCCUUCCGGUCUCGGGCCAACAGCGGCCGAUGCGCAGGCGUCUGGGCCUCCUCUCCAGGCUCGCCCUGCUUUGGGUGACUCGCCAUAAAUCAGCCGCAAGGAUUCUCCUCUGUAAGCCUGACAGUGCCACAUAACUGCGGACCGAGGGACUCUAAUCUGGUAAUGGUGUCCCGAAGGUAAGUCUGAGAUCCAUCGGCGGCGUGCCCUGCAGAGGGUCCAGAACCCAGAGAGUCCGGGCAUGGCCCGCGUCUAGUUUAGUUGCGGAGACCUUAAUUUAUAUGCUUCUUCCCGUCCCGUAAGGAUUGCAUCGGACUCAACGAUCUGUAUUUAUUAUUUGAAGCGAGUCAUUUCGUUUUCCUGAUUAUUUAUCCUCGUCUUAAUGUAUUUAUGUGUAUAUCUGUAGAAUUCUCCAGCCGAGCUUAGGAACGCGCUCCCAGGCCGCGGGGGCCACAUUUCACCUCUUUAGUCCCCUUGGUCUGAACUAGUUGAGAGAGUAGUUUUGAACAGUUGUAACCGUGGCUGGUGUGUGUAGUUGAUGUUAAGGAUUAAGACCGCAAAUUGUCCUUCACGGGUAGAGUCAGGCGGCCCCAUGGCGUGGCACGACACCCGUUAUUCUCUUCCCAAUAGCCACAGACCUCGCCACUCGACACAGUUUAUUGAUUUCAAAUUGUCUGGUACUAUUUGAACAAAUAUUUAGAAUAAAAAAAAUUUCUCAGUCUGAAGUGUAUCUGUGUUAAUCACGCACACUUGCAAGUAGGUCAGUCUAUCUUGUGCACAAUCCCAGUGGAAGGCCCCCCAGUAGGCUGACCCUUUGAAAUAUUUUUUCCACUUAUUUGGAAUCCAGUACACAAAUUGGUUCUGGGGAUACUUGAUUACCUUCCAGCUAUUGACUUUAGGUUGUGUGUGUGUGUGGGGGGGGUAAUAUUUGAGGAUGCAAACCUAGAAAUGUUCUGUGUGGGAUGAUCUGGGUAGGGUGUUUCACUGCUGCCUGUUUUGCUGUUUCUAUCGCCCUCUUUCUAGACACAAAUCCACUUUUUUAGAUUGCACUUACAUUGGGGAGGCCAGAGCUCACUUUUCUGCGCUAAGCUGUAAAAAAUAAACUUUGAAAGAAAACUGACAAUCAAAGACACAAGAGAAGUCAUAAGAAGAACUGAGCUAUGAGAAAGCUAAGAUGCAGAAAAAGAAAUAAUUACUUGAAGCCAUGCACCUAAGCUUUUUCUCUAGGAAAUUCUGUCACGAUUUUUUCCUUAUAGAAGUCAGUGGUUCAUUUCUCAAGAAGACAAAC